AUGGUUAAAUGCGACAGAUAUUGGCCUGAAUUAAAUGAAGAAUGGAACUUCAAUGACCAAAACAUAAAAGAUGGAAUUGACAUCCCCAAUCUUUCCAUCAAGAAUAUCGAUGAAACCUUAGAUUCCAAUGGUGAUUACAUCUUAACCACAAUGGAACUAACAUCAAACGAGACCGUGAAACGAGUAUAUCAUUUCUAUUAUUUCAAAUGGGCAGAUGCAAAAGUCCCACCGUCAAUAGAACCAUUAUAUAACAUAAGUGAAGACAUUGAAAACAUCAGACAAAUGUCUAGCAAUCCACCACCUAUCCCAAUUGUUCAUUGUUCUGCGGGAGUAGGUCGAUCAGGUACAUUCAUUGCAUUUGAUUAUUUAUUCAGAGAUUCAAAUAAGUUUAUAGACUUAUUGUCAAAGAAAGAUUAUGACGAUGAUGAUGGACCUGGAAGUGAUAAUGAUGAUCCAAUUUAUCAGACUGUAUAUGAAUUGCGAGCUCAUAGAAUGAUGAUGGUGCAGACAAUAUAUCAAUAUAAUUUCCUUUAUGAGACUGCUAGAGGUGUAUAUAACAAACGAAGAAGAAGUCCUGUAUGA